AUGUCCAGAUCUCACUUUUUUGUGGGAAACGCCCUUUUCAAGGGAUUAGUUAAAAAAGGCCACGAGGUCACAGUGAUAUCACCAUUUUCCAAUAAAACACCAAUGAACAACUAUAAACAUAUACCAUCUCCCAAUGUAAUACAAAUUAUGGAAGAAAUAAACAAUCCUAUAGAAUUGUGGGACAUGAACGUUAUAAGUCAAAUUUUAUUAACCUCUGACCUUGGAUACAUCAUCGCUAAUAGUACUUUGUCAGAACCUUCAGUGCAAAAGUUGAUGGCAUCAGGAGAGAAGUUUGACGCAGUUAUUUGUGAAGUUUUUCUAUCUGAAGCUCUCUUCGGUCUGGCUGAACACUUUGAAGCUCCUUUAAUUGGAUUAGGAACGUUCGGUGCAACUUUGUGGAAUACGGAAUUAGUUGGCAGUCCCUCACCACUAUCAUAUGUACCAAAUAUUUUCUUGCCACUUACAACCAAAAUGACACUUGCUGAACGAAUUUGGAACUUAGCAGUUAAUACCGCCGAAACUAUAGCCCAUUAUGUUUACCAUAUGCCUCAGCAGAGACAACUUUUUGACAAAUAUUUUCCAAAUUCCAAAGUGGGGCUCGAUACCAUUACCAAGAACACUGCUCUUGUAUUAUUGAACACCCACGUUUCUCUCAGCUUCCCAAGACCAUAUCAGCCGAAUAUGAUUGAAGUUGGAGGAAUACAUAUCACCAACAAGCCAAAGGCACUUCCAGCAGAAAUGCAAAAAUUCCUGGACGAAGCCAAGGAUGGUGUUAUCUACUUUUCAAUGGGUUCGGCAUUAAAGAGCAGCCUGAUUCCAGUCGAAAAACGUGAAGCUAUCCUUCGCACGUUCAAAUCUCUUAAACAAAAGGUCAUGUGGAAGUUUGAAGAAACUAAUUUGCCUGGAAAGAGUGACAACGUGUACAUCAAUGAUUGGUUUCCCCAAGAAGACAUUUUGUCCCACCAGAAUGUAAAAUUAUUCAUCACCCACGGAGGUUUACUCAGUACAACUGAAUCGAUCUUUUAUGGAAAACCAUUUGUCGGAAUUCCAAUGUUCGGUGAUCAGUUCUUGAAUAUGGCUCGUGCAGAGGCAAUUGGCUAUGGAGUGACGGUUGACUACAACGAACUAACUGAAGAACUCUUUUCAGCUGCUAUUAAUAAGGUUAUAAAAGACUCUAAAUACGAAAAGCUUGCGAAAUCAAUGUCAGAAAGGUUUCGAGAUCAACCAAUGAAACCCCUUGACUUGGCAGUUUAUUGGGUUGAAUAUGUGGCCAGACAUAAAGGUGCUCCACAUCUCCAUUCUGCCGGACAGGAUCUUGGCUUCAUUCAAUAUCACAAUAUUGAUGCUAUUGGUAUUCUUUUUGGAGGAAUCUUGAUCAAUAAUGUUAAUUUGCUUCAAAAUAAUAAUGAUCAACAUAUUAUAGCCUCAAAUAACCGCAUUGCUUUGGAAGCAUUCAAACAUAGUUUGCCCGAACCCACAAAAACAAUAAUAUUGAGUAGAAAUCCUAAGUCACUUCGAGAUGCAUACAAAAUAAUAUUUGAAAUUAACCAUCAAGACUAUGGUAACAUGCAAACAGAUAGAUUUUCAUUACUCUCAAGUUCAAACAAAAGGCAGCCAGGAAGUCACUUGGCGAAAGGUUAUCCUAGACAAGAACCGGAUCAAGAACAGUUUCAUAGCCAAAAUACCGGAUAUAACAAUUCGUCUCCAAACGUCAAUUCUGGUCGAUUAAAUCGAAAUGUUCCCAGUGAAUCUCAAAAUAAUUUCAACAGGCAAUUAAGUAGUAAUAGUAAUAGUAAUAGGCAACAGCAAGGUAGUUCUAGACAAUUUCAAAACAAUAACAAUUAUAAUUCGAGAUCUAACCAAUCGAGACAAUUAUCGAAUAAUAGAUCUCUAAAUAAUGAUACAAAUCAGAGUAGUUCAUUCCCGAAUAGGAAUCAACCUUCGGAUGGUCAAGAACCAAUGGACGUUAACAACAUAGAAACAGAUUGUCAAAGUGAAGAAAAUUUUCUUGUAGAAGCCUCGGAAAAUUUCCAUCUCCAAUAA